GUUCCCGCCGCCGCUCAGUCCCCGCGCCGCCGAGGCUGCGCCGCCGGCCGCCCCGCACCCCCCGCCCGCCCGCAGCGCCCGCAGCGCCAUGGCCCGCGCAGCCCCGCGGCCGCCCGCCACCCCAAAGCGCGACGCGGCCGAACCCUGAGCGCGGCCUACGGAGCAGCGCCCCCCGCGCCCCCCGCGCCCGGCCGGAGCAUGGAGACGGCGGAGAAGGAGUGCGGCGCCCUGGGCGGGCUGUUCCAGGCCAUCGUCAACGACAUGAAGAGCUCCUACCCCAUCUGGGAGGACUUCAACUCCAAGGCCACGAAACUGCAUUCCCAGCUAAGGACCACCGUGCUGGCUGCUGUGGCCUUCUUGGAUGCCUUCCAGAAAGUGGCUGACAUGGCCACCAACACCAGAGGGGCCACUCGGGACAUCGGCUCGGCGCUCACGCGCAUGUGCAUGCGCCACCGCAGCAUCGAGACCAAGCUGCGGCAGUUCACCAACGCGUUGCUGGAGAGUCUCAUCAACCCGCUGCAGGAGCGCAUCGAGGACUGGAAGAAGUCAGCUAACCAGCUGGACAAGGACCACGCGAAAGAGUACAAGCGAGCCAGACAUGAGAUCAAGAAAAAGUCUUCAGACACACUGAAACUCCAGAAGAAAGCACGCAAAGGGAAAGGAGAUCUGCAGCCUCAGCUGGACAGUGCCCUGCAGGACGUCAAUGACAUGUACCUGCUGCUGGAAGAGACGGAGAAGCAGGCUGUGCGCCGGGCCCUGAUCGAGGAGCGCGGCCGUUUCUGCACAUUCAUCACCUUCCUGCAGCCUGUGGUGAAUGGAGAGCUGACUAUGCUGGGAGAGAUCACCCACCUGCAGGGCAUCAUCGACGACCUGGUGGUGCUGACUGCUGAGCCCCACAAGCUGCCCCCCGCCAGUGAGCAGGUGAUCAAAGACCUGAAGGGCUCAGACUACAGCUGGUCCUACCAGACCCCACCCUCGUCACCCAGCAGCUCUAGCUCUCGCAAAUCCAGCAUGUGCAGUGCCCCCAGCAGCAGUAGCAGUGCCAAGGGUGGCGGAGCCCCAUGGCCCGGGGGUGCCCAAACUUACUCACCCAGCCCCACCUGUCGCUACCGCAGCCUGGCGCAGCCAGCCACCACCGCCACCCGCCUCUCCAGCGUCUCCUCCCACGACUCUGGCUUCGUCUCCCAGGAUGCCACCUACUCCAAGCCUCCCUCACCCAUGCCUUCAGACAUCACCAGCCAGAAGUCCUCCAGCUCUGCAUCCUCCGAGGCCUCGGAGACCUGCCAGUCUGUCAGCGAGUGCAGCUCUCCGACCUCGGACUGGUCCAAGGCCGGCCCCCAUGAGCAGCCUAUGGGCACCACCCUGCAGCGGAGGAAGGACCGAGUGGAGCUCCUCCGGGAUGCAGAGCCAGGCCCAGCCAGCGGGGCCACCCUGGGUCCCAGUGGAGAGGAGAGUCCUCGGCCCCGCAUGUCCCCUGCCACCAUUGCAGCCAAGGUAGGUGGCUUGUCCCCAGGGAGCCCCAGCGGCUCCCACUUGGGGCUGGAGCCCGGGCUGGGGGUGGGAAACCAGGCAGGCGGCUUCAUCCGGCAGUGUCCCCGCCCCCAGCACGGAGAGGAGGUGUCCCCUGCGGCCAGCGACCUGGCCAUGGUGCUGACCCGGGGCCUGAGCCUGGAGCACCAGAAGAGCAGCCGCGACUCGCUGCAGUACUCGAGCGGCUACAGCACGCAGACCACCACGCCCUCCUGCUCUGAGGACACCAUUCCCUCCCAAGGCUCCGACUAUGACUGCUACUCGGUGAACGGGGACGCGGACGGCGAGGGCCCCGCCGCCGAGUUUGACAAGUCGUCCACCAUCCCGCGCAACAGCAACAUCGCGCAGAACUACCGCCGCCUGCUCCAGACCAAGCGCCCCGCGUCCACGGCGGGGCUGCCCACGGCCGGGCUGCCGGGCUCCGGGCUUCCGGGCUCGGGCGCGCCCCCAGGGGUGGCCACCAUCCGCCGCACCCCGUCCACCAAGCCGGCCGUGCGCCGCGCCCUGUCCAGCGCGGGGCCCAUCCCCAUCCGGCCGCCCAUCGUGCCCGUGAAGACACCCACGGUGCCCGACUCCCCGGGGGGCGCGGGACCCACCCGGGCGGGCAGCGAGGAGAGCGUCUUCUAUGGGGACGAGGCCCCCGACCUGCCCCAGGCCUCCCCGAAGCGCCUGAGCCUGCCCAACGCGGCCUGGGUGGGGGCCGAGCCCCGGCCGGGUCCCGACGACGAGCAGCAGCAGCAGCAGCAACAGCAGCUGGCGGCCAACAGGCACAGCCUGGUGGAGAAGCUGGGGGAGCUGGUGGCGGGCGCGCACGCCCUGGGCGAUGGCCAGUUCCCCUUCCCCAGCGCGCUGGGCAGCGCCCCCGCCCGCCAUACCCCCAGCCCGCCCCCUGCCGCCCACGCCGCCGCUGCAGCCGCCGCGGGAGACCCCCCGGCCCAAGACAUGCUGGUGGCCAUCCGGCGCGGGGUGCGGCUCCGCAGGACCGUCACCAACGACAGGUCGGCGCCCCGCAUCUUGUGAUGCUGCCGCCCCCCCCACACACACACACCCCACACACCCCAAUCCUGCAGCGCCUGAGCUCUGGGCCUCGCGGGCUGGCCUACUCCUAGGGUCCCCACUCCCAGCGGGGAGCCGCUUGAUGGAAGGGGAAAACCAGCUGGGGGUUCCCCCACCUCCAGUGUGCUGAGGCCAAAAGGAACUUCUUCAAUCAACCUCACCAGGAGGGAGCCCAGGGGGCCCACGAACUGCAUUCGGAGCCUGUUUUCUACUUUCUUGCCUCCCCAACCACCUCGCCUGCCCACAGGUCCGGCCUUUUCCACAUCCGAGCAGACCCUGAGCGGCCCGGCCCGGCCCAAAGGGGGACCGCGGGGACCGCAGUGCCACAGCUUAGCUGGCCUGGCCUGCCGGGUUGCCAGGGUUUUUCCUGAACUCUUGCCUCAGCCCCUCUCUCUCCCCUCCCACUCUCCCAGCUGCCCCAUGGGGGUGGGGGGUGUCUGUGCACAGAGGAUUGGCCUCCCCACCCGGGGGGAAGAGGGCCUAGGGUUCAAGUUGGGUUGGGGAGAAGAUGCAGUGGAGCACUCCUGAGGCAGUCUCCCUGCCCCAGUAGGUGUGGCUGGUUUAGGGGUCUGAGAGUGGGGGCAGCAGGGAGAGGAGUCCAGAGGCCCCAGGGUCAUCUGACCAGCCUCGCUGGAGCUGCUCUCAGGUGUUUCCCUCCACACCUGGGCAUGUGGGACAUUCACUCCGGUGGCACUUUGAUCCUGGUUUUGGCCACAUUUGGGGGCGGGGGCUAGAGCUGCAAAGGACGAUGGGGGUGGUUAUUUUACAAGUAUAAUAAAAUGGAGCCCACUGGACGAGGGCUGUGUGCGUGUGGAGACAGGGUGGAUAGUACAGGGUGUGUCUGAGUGCCUGAGGGACCAAGGUCCCCACAGGGGCCUGGUGGGCCCAUGGCAGGAGGAGGAGAACCAAACCCACUCCCCAAAGCCAGGGGAUGGGCAUUGUUUUCCAAUGAUUGGAGCACAGCAGCCUAAAGGAGGUGUUGGGAGGAAGGUUGGGGCCAGAGUAGAUGUCAUUUCCGGGUGGCCUAUUCUCUCCCUGCCCAAGUCCCAGUCCUGACUGGUGGGGUUGGGGCGAUCUCCCCAUAGAGCACCAGGACCCACCUCUGAGCAGGUAAAAGCACGUGUACCCAGAUGGGUGGAGGGCUUCCUGUGGCCCCUCACCAAAGUAACAGACUCCAAAGGAGAAGGGGCCACAAAGCAGGGCUGCCAGGGGCAGGGUGUAGAUCUUUCCUGGUUUGGAUGGAACAGGGUGGGUCUGCACCAGGCGGGAACUGGGGUCCAGGCAACCAAGGGUGCCCCUGAAUGAGUGAUGGCCCCUGGGUACCGCAAGGGCAGACAGAGAAAGGAACCUGUAAGUUGCUAGGUCUGAGAAGGUCCUUGCUGAGCUCUGGCACCUGAAGAGUGAACCAGGCCAGAAGGGGCUGGGAAAGCAGAUGGCCAUCUUGGGGAGCCUCAGGCCAGGGUUUGCUGUGUGAGCUGGUGAGGAAGCCGCAGAAUGUGUGUGCUGAGCAGGGUUUGAAGUAGGUGGGGGUGUGGCUGAGUCCCAUGGAAGAAGAGGGUGCCCCCUGGUGGGGUAGUGAAUUUAUAGGCUCAGGGAGGGAGUAAGUUGCCCACCUGUGCUCCACUGUCCCACCCCAUCCAAGACACACACACACACACACACACACACACACACACUGUACAUAACUCCUCUGUUCCCGUGAAGCCUCCAUUUAGUGCCCGUCUUGUAGGCCCGCCCCCUUGGGAUCCGAAACAACCAUCCCAUGUCACAAACUUUGGUUUGGGGGGAAACUUCUUUACGUUGGUUUUAUUUUUCAUUUUUGUACAGAGAAAUAUUCUUUUUAAAAGCAUCUUUUGACUGAAGUAACUUUUCUGGUGCUGUUGUUAACUUGUUCCUUUUUUUUUUUUUUAAUUUAUUUCCCCACCCCAGGACAUCCCACCUGGUUCCUACUCACCCUUUCUCCCCCUGCACCAUCACCUGCCCGGGGGGUCCCCAUCAUCCCUUCAAAACCAUUCUGUUUCUUUUCUUUCUGUCGGUUUUCAGAUAAAUUCUCUUUUUUCCAGGCCCCUCUCCCACCCUCUCCUUGAUUUAAAUAGUCACUGCUACAAGUAACAAAUGCACUGUGAAGAUUCCAGUAUUAAUAAAGUUGUACUGUAAUUAA